AUGGGCAAAUUCAUUUUUAAGUGGCCCAACAAUGCGAGCGAGGUGUUCGUGACAGGCACUUUCGAUGAUUGGGGUAAGACGGUGAAACUAGACCGGGUAGGAGACAUCUUUGUCAAGGAAGUAUCUCUGGCGCCUGAGAAAACCCUCUACAAGUUUGUUGUCGACGGCAUCUGGACCACAGAUAGUAGUGCGCGCGAGGAAGACGACGGCCACAGCAACAUCAACAACGUCCUCCUACCCGAAGAGAUCGUUGACUCUUCUGACGUCCCAAUGUCUGGCGUCACCCCAGAUUCCACCACUGCAGCCCUGGCUGCCAACGUGCCGAAGCACGUAAAUGGCAAUCUGCCGGGCACUUUCCCCGACACCCCAAACCAGGAGAGUGAGAAGACCUUGGGGGUGGAUCCCAUCCCCGCAUCAGGCGGCUAUGGCAAUCCCGUCAAGCUGGCGCCCGGCGAAAAGGUCCCUCCCUCGAGUGAACUCCACAACAACACGGUAGACUCCACUGUGAAGUUGGAUCAGGAGUCCUACGAGAAGGGCCAGACUCUUCCUGUCGGCGGAAACCCCACCAGCGCGGCAGUGAAAGAUGAUGCGUUCGCAUUUACCAUUCCACCGGUCACCAGCAACAUGAUUCCCGAAUCCAGCCUUCCCAUUGGAGGCCCGGCGCAACAGGCAGCUGCUAAUGACAAGGAGCCCAUCUACUCUGGUGGUCCAGCUCAGCAGGCAGCAGCGGCUGAUCCUGGAUACACCAUUCAAUCGGCCGCUCCGACCUCGACCACGGCUGCAUUGGCUGCCAAGGUUCCUCUGGAGUCCAAGGGCAAGCAGACUAACGGCAACAAGCCCGUUGAGGAUGUCCCAGAAGUGGUGAAGGACUCUCUCGCCGAGGCCCACCAGGACCCGGAGGCUGCUGCAAACCAAGACGCAGUCGACGAGAAGAAGAGAUUCGAGCAGGAACUUCACAAGAAGGUCGACGUUGAGGAGUCUGCAGGCGCCCCAGCGCCCACUGUGACUGCUGCCACCCAACCCAUCGCUCCUCACCUGACUGCCGCUGCUAGUGGAUUUGACUCCGCCGAUGUGUCGCCGACAUCUACACCUCCCCCCGGUCGCAAUGCUGCUACCGCUGCGCCCACUUCGGCACCGAAGGCUGAGUCCAGCGGCCCGGUUGUUACCACGGGUGUUGACUCUGCCCCUAUUGAUGAGACCACUACCGCCAAGUCUACUGGUCCUACUGUGACCACUGGACCUGAGACUACCAAGGCUCCCGAGACCUCCACCCCGAAGCCCGCAGAGUCCAAGCCCACAGAGUCCAAGCCCACAGAGUCCAAGCCCACGGAGUCCAAGCCCACGGAGUCCAAGCCCGCAGAGCCCAACCCUGCAGUGUCCAAGCUUGCGGAGUCCAAGCAUUCCCAGAGUACUGAGGGUGCUUCUACUAAUGGCGACAAGAAGAAGAAGCGCCUGAGUGGCUUCAUCCACAAGCUGAAGGAGAAGUUCAAAUAA